CUCCCCAUUUCAGCAGUACUUAACAGAGUGUCUUUUAAUAUACUUCACAAAGAGUAACAAAGCUUUAAACAUGGCAAGUUCGUCAAGUUCGAGACGCGGUUAUUUGCUUAUUUUAAAUAUACAACGAGAUCGUGAAGGGUCUAACUAUGACGCAAAAAACUUGGAAAGAGUUUUUGAAACAAUGGGAGCUGAAGUUAAUGUUGUAACCGACCCAAAUGAAAAAGUUGUUAAAACUAAAAUGGCAGAACUAAGAAAAAAGGACUUUACCGACUUCUUAUAUGUGGCAGUUGCUUACUUCUCUCAUGGCACCGAGGACGAUGGUGUACUCACUGCAAGCGAAAGUGAACUCAUAAAUGCACAAAAAACAUUAUUGAUUCCAUUAAGCAAUAAUGAAACGUUGAAUGGAAAACUCAAAUGGUUAAUAAUGCAAAAUUGUAGAGGAUCAUAUGAUUUUGCAGUGCAAAAGCCUGAAGGACCUGUUGCAGUGGUAAAAUAUCCUAGAUAUUAUUUAAAGUGUUUUGCUACUUCUCCGUGUAUGAGAGCUUACCGCACAGAAUUUGGAUCAUUUUUCAUUGAAAACCUUUGUCUGAGACUUUUAAAAGAAUACCAGACUUUGGAUGUAGUGUCAAUAAUGGAAAAUGUAAAGUCGGAUGUCGCAAACAAUUGCAUAAACUUACCUAAUUAUAUGUGUACUCAAAUUCCAGACGUAGAGACGAAUUUAGCUACCAAAAAAUUUUAUAUAACCUCUGGGUUUCAAGAUAACUAAUGGACCAGAUUUUGCAGAUUUUUGAUAGCAAAAAAGAAUUCCGAGUUUACUAUCCGAUUUUCUGGCCAAGAGUGUAUACGAUUAAGCUUGGCUUGAAAUAAAAGGUGGCGUGGAUCUUGAGAUUUUCAAAAUCGUUCUUGGGAAAGCUGGGAUAAUUAAACCAGAAGUUAGUAAUAUAAUAGCAUUUCUGUUUAAGUCCAAAUAAUUGUCUUGCGAGGUAAAAAUAUAAUUCUGGUAUCUAAUUAUCUUAAGUUUUGAAAAAAAGCUUUAUUAUUUUGUCCAGUGUAGAAGUUUUGGAAAAUUUGAAUUUAACUGCCUUUGCUGAAAAAUAUCUUUAAAAAAUCAGUGCUGUUUUUACUUUGGCCUCUUUCAAGCUGAAUUAAGACAUUUGUCUACGAAGGGCAACACAAAAACAGAAUAGCUUUAAGAACUUUAACCCGAAUAAAAAAAAAUAAUUUUCGCGGGUACUGCCUCUUGCGAGGAAUUGACAAUUCCUUCACGAGUAAUUCUUGUCAUGAAAAAGUGCUUUCUCAAAUUAGCCGUUCGGAUCCGGCCUAAAAUUGUAGGUCCCUUCCAUUCCUGACAACAUUACUCGCACACAGGAAUGGUUGCGAGUUGUAAGUCACUAGGCCCUAGUUCACAACGGACUGUUGCGCCACCCAAUUUAAUUUAAUUUAAUUAACCCGAAUUUCUAAGAAAACUGAAUUUAAGGAAAAAAUACAUUAUUUUUGUACUUAUUUAUCUCACAAGUCAUAAAUAGUAUUUUUGAGCUACUACAAAUACUUAGUUUAAUCUUUAAUAUCUUAGAUUUCCAAUGAACGUUUUAAAAAAUUUUGGACCCAUAUGAAAAUUAAACGUUAUCUUUCAUUCAAUACCAAUUUUGUUCGUGUGCAUUCUUGGCCAAAAAUGAGAUUUCUAAAUCUGACCAAAUCGAGCUCACAUUUUGUCUCUUUAGAAAUCUGCAAAAGACUGAUCAUUUUAAUUUUAUAUUAUGUUCUAAUUAUGUUUAUGUAAUUUUGUCCAUAAUUUGUAUUUUAUUAAUUUUAAAAUUAACAAUUUACUUACUACUUUUAAAGUUUUUAAUAGAGCUUAAUAAUACCUAUCUUCGCAUAGGCAUAUCUUUUAAUUAAGGAAUUAUAUGCAUUUUGCACAAUUUGUAUUUAAUAAAGAAAUAAAGCUGUUUAAAUUUUAUAUUA